GGCUGAGCAAAUCCUUCGCUCCCAAAUGUGUGGCUGUGGUUAAAAAUAUUUGGAGGUUUUGCUUUGGUUUUUUUUUUGUUUUGUUUUGUUUUGCCGAUUUUUGACCGGAUCUCAGUUCUCCGUGGCCGAGACAAUGGCUUUCUUUGUGAAAAAUAUGAUAAGUAACCAGGUAAAGAACUUAGGAUUUGGAGGUGAGUCUGAAGAAAAGAAAGAAGAAGGAGGCACCUCGGACCCCGCAGCGGCUAAAGGGAUGACUAGAGAGGAAUACGAGGAAUACCAGAAGCAGAUGAUUGAAGAGAAGAUGGAGAGAGAUGCUGCAUUUACGCAGAAAAAGGCAGAGAGGGCAUGCCUACGAGUCCACCUCAGGGACAAAUACAGGCUUCCGAAGAGUGAAAUGGACGAGACACAAAUCCAACUGGCCGGGGACGAUGUGGACUUGCCAGAAGAUCUCCGAAAGAUGGUGGAUGAAGACCAAGAUGAGGAAGAGGAGAAGGAUUCUAUCCUUGGGCAGCUGCAGAAUCUCCAAAACAUGGACUUGGAUACCAUUAAAGAAAAGGCACAGGCCACAUUCACAGAAAUCAAGCAGUCAGCAGAGCAGAAGUGUUCUGUGAUGUGAGAGGCUGCCUUCAGGAAGACAGGGUUCCUGGGGGUGGGCAUGACCAGCACACAUUAUAACUUAGCAAAUAUAUCUAGGGAAGCUGCAAUAAUGAAGCUGUCUACCGGCAUGUAGGCAAUGAUUUGGUCGAUCUUGAUGUCCCAGGCACGGCACUAACCAGCCCUCACAUCACGGAACAUGUCUCCCUUUAGUUAUAGCCACAAAUAACUAAGAAAUAUCAGCCAUAAGUUAUGUUGUGGGGCCAUCUGGUUAAAGAUCUUUAGGACAGCCAGGAGGAGUCAAACAGAAACAUUUCCUCUCCAGCUUUCUUCCUUAGCGAGCAGGGUCUCACGAUGUCCAACCAUCAGCGUGAUCACCUCCAGAGGAAAGGCUGCUUACCUGGUACCAAGACUACAGGUGACAGAGCAAUCAGAUGUCACACUACUUUUUACUUGCAGCAUCCUUGAUAUCUAUUUUUUUUUAAACUGGCUCUCAGACACUGUGCAAGUCAUUUUGUGUUUCUGCAACCAAAUAUCUGACAUACAAAAUCAUAGAUGGAAGAAAGACUUAUUCGGAGUCAUGGUUCAGCAGAUCCAGUCCAUGGUUGCUUGGCUGUAUGGGAUUGGGCAGAACCCCAUGGCAGGAAGGAUAGAGAGUGGAAUAGCAUCCAGGAACAAGCAAUGCACAGUGAGCUACUUACUUAAGCUGGGUCCUACCUGCGACCCUUUAAUACAGUUCCUCACGUGGGGGUGACCCCCCCAACCACAAAAUUAUUUUCUUUGCUAUUUCAUAACUGUAAUUUUAGUGUUAUGGAUUGUAAUAUAAACAUCUGUGUCUUCUGGUGGUCUUAGGCGACCCCUGUGAAAGGAUUGAGACCUACGGGUUGAGAACAGCCACCCUAGUACAUCGUGCCAGAUCACACUCUCUCAGUUAACACCAACUCCUGAGAAUAUGGGUUAGGGCAGGGAGGAUGUGUAUAUUAGGUCAGAAAUUCUCAAACAUUCUUUUGUGACCCCUUUCACUUGAGAAAUUUUCACACACACUGGUGUAUAUAUGUGAAUAUUCACUGACAAGUUAUAAAAAACUGAAACAACUUUACAUACAGUUUUAGCGUUUAUUAAAAUAAAAGGAAAUGUGUAUUCUAAGA